AUGGUGCAGAUUGCAGUACUUGAGGAACAGAAGAAGGAAAUUACCGAGACUGAGGAAGACGAUAAGGUUGAGGAGGAUGACAAAGUUGAGGAAGAAAAUAAGAUUGAUGAGGACACAAGUGCAGCAGCAGAGUUGAGCGAAAAUAAAAACGAAGUUGAGGAAAAACCUGACAUGAAUGAUGUUCCAAUGGAAGAUAAUCAGGAGGAAGAAAAAAUAGUGCGGCAAGAUCUCAACGAAAGCACUCAGGAUAUAGGACUGAACCUAAAUGCAAACGAUGUGGAUUCUGAAAACAAUUUGAAAGCAGACUAA